CAGCCCUAGUUUAACGAAAAUGUUACGCCAAGUGCUGCAAAUUGGAAGCCGGCGCAGCUACAGCUACAAAUCUGUGCGUCGUCCAAAUGCGAGCGCAGUGUCAGGUGCAAGAAAUCAGGAGCUGCAGCUGGAGCAGAAGCCGGCAAGUGAGCCACAAGCUAAGGGCCAUGACAAGAUAAGCCUGAGCAAACAGCUGAGAGCCAGAAUUCUGGCCACAGGUCCCAUUACAGUGGCGGAGUACAUGCGGGAGGUGCUCACGAAUCCCCAAGGCGGCUACUACAUGAGUCGCGAUGUGUUUGGACGCGAGGGUGACUUUAUUACGUCGCCAGAGAUAUCCCAGAUAUUUGGCGAGCUCGUGGGCGUCUGGUUGCUGAACGAGUGGCGCAAGAUGGGAAGUCCGACGCCCUUUCAGUUGGUUGAGCUGGGUCCAGGGCGUGGCACGCUGGCAAGAGACGUGCUCAAGGUGCUGACCAAGUUUAAACUGGGCGCCGAGUUCACAAUGCACAUGGUUGAGGUCAGUCCAUAUCUGAGUGUGGCACAGGCGCAACGUUUCUGCUACAAACACGAGACGCUGCCGGAGAACUCACAGCUGCCACAUUAUCAGUUUGGCACCACAGCGACCGGCAUUAAGGCCUAUUGGCAUCGCCAGCUGGAGGAUGUGCCUCCGGGUUUCUCUCUGGUGCUGGCGCACGAGUUCUUUGAUGCGCUGCCCGUGCAUAAGCUACAGCUGGUCAACGAUCUGUGGCAGGAGGUGCUCAUCGAUGUAGCCGACGUCCAGGAGUCGCAGUCAGCGUCCCAAUCCCAGAUUCCCGAAUUUCGCUAUGUUAUGUCCAAAGCACAGACGCCCGUGUCGCGUUUGUUUAAGCCUGUGCCGCAGGAAACUCGCGCCUGCUUGGAGUACUCGCUGGAGGCGGAACGCCAUGUGGAUAUGCUGGCGAAACGCCUGGAGCAGCACGGCGGCAUUGGACUUAUAAUGGACUACGGCCACUUUGGCGAUAAGACGGACACGUUCCGUGGCUUUAAGCAACAUGCACUCCAUGAGCCACUGCUGGAGCCGGGCACUGCCGACCUGACGGCGGACGUGGACUUCAGGCAUAUUAAGCAUGUGGCGGAGACAAACGGACACAUCCACUGCUGCGGUCCGGUGCAGCAGGGUGACUUUCUGGAGCGGAUGCAGGGCUCGGUGCGUCUGGAACAGCUGUUGGCCCAUGCGCUGCCCGAGAAUCAAGACAUUAUACGAUCCGGCUAUGAGGUGCUUACGGAUGCCAAGCAAAUGGGCGCUCGCUUCAAGUUCCUGGCCAUGUUUCCGGCCGUGCUGGCCGCCCAUCUGGAAAAGUAUCCCGUGGCGGGAUUCAGUUAGGAUUCUACGCGUAUUUUAUACAUUUCUCUUGUUACACAUCUAUAUAAUUCUAUAAAUAUUAAUGGAAAAC